AUGGUUCUCCUGGCAUGUCUUGGACACACCUUGCUCAAGUAUGCUCAAGUUGGGUCUGCAGCGCUGCCAAAGGCACCGAAGAAGAGGCCUGCGGCCAGCACCAAGGCCUCGAUUACAAUCAGCGGUGGCACUUUCCUCAAGAAGCAUGGCAUCCAGGAUGCCCUGGAGACGAUUUUGGCAGAGUUGGAGGAUGCGAAGCCUUCCGACCCCUGGACGAGCCUACAGGCUGCGCUGCAAGAGAAGUCAUGCAAGAAGGCCAAGAUGGACGAGGAGGUCUGCUGGACCGCCUUUCCAUCGCCCGGAGAUUUGGUUUGGCGAGAGGCCGCCAAAGCACGAUCAGAAGCAGGAACCAGUUCCGGCGUGGCAUCGAUCGUCUGCAAGGGCCAGGACCGGAGUUUCCCCGUGGAUCCAAAAGACACUGCACUGGUUCUCAUCGACAUGCAGUUCGACUUUCUGGAGUCUACCGGACGAGUUGGCCAGCAUUACAAGGACCUCACAUCCGUUCAGUCUGGCAUGGAUGGUUGUGAGCGCCUUCUGGCUGCUUGCCGCAAUGCAGGCUUCACAAUUGCGCACAGCAGGUCUCACCGUUAUGGCUCUGUGGUGCGGAGUGACCUAGUUGGCACCUCCGACGAAGGGUAUGAGCUCCACCCGCGCAUGCGAGCCCGAGAGGGGGAGAUCGUCGUUGACAAAUGGACAUUCGGCGCCUUUGCAUCCACGUACCUGGAGCGCGAACUCCGGAAAAGGGGCGUGAAGCGCAUCUUGUCCACCACUCAGAUGCCACGAGUACUACCUUGCCCAACAAGUACUUGGGGAACUAACUGGAUAUUAUGUUCUUCGACCAUCGCCACCCAACAUGUUUCAGCCAUCCUGCCGUUGUCGGACAGGGAUACUUCGCCGCAUGCUGUUGUCGGAAAGUCCUGA